AAGACCGCGAGAUGGCAGAGGCCACUUGAAAGAGUUUAGUCUUCCACUUGUCUGUUGCUUGUGAAACGCACUGCCCACCAUUUAUUUGUUACAACAAAAAUUCAAUGACGUGGCGGCUGCAGAAAAACUCGCGUCUGAUCAGUUUCAUUGGUCGAAGAGGUAUUCAUCUGAAGACAUCGAUGACCUGUUUAAGGCAACUGAUGGUGAGCCGAAUCUUCGAAACAAAGAAAGGAUAUUCAGACCGGCAAAGCACAAGACACACAAAAGAAAGCGAAGGACUACUAGAGCAAGGAUAUGCGUUGACGACGCGUUGGUAGUAGUUUUGUUCACACUGCUGGACAUCGAAGAAGGUCGACUUGACGUACUCCUUCCGGGAAUAUCUCGGAUAAUAGAGCUAAUGUUCUUCUCGACGUGUAUUCUCUGCGCCUGCGAAAAAAGUGAAAUCAUGCUGAUGGAUCCGAAAGACGGCACGUUCAUGACGGAAGAGCAGAAAGAACACAUCAGGAAUUUGGCAUCACUCUUUAGUAGACCACCGAUUAGACAGAAGAGACUUGUUCUUUAUGGUUUUCCCUAUAAAGAACCAUUCGAGGCCACGUUGCUCGCGUACAUCAAGACCAAAAUAUACAAUGCAGAAAGGGUGAUAGUAAUGGUGCUGCGUACAAAUAAAGGCGGAAUCACUGUGCAAUUCAUGAACGAGAUUGCCCGGUGGGUCACGGUCGCGAAGGUGAUGCCACUCAUGCCAAUGGCCGUGUACGAAUUGACUCAGGAGGUUGUCGCGUCGAUAGAGGACGGCAUCGCCGUCGCCGUGUUGCGUGCCUUUGGAGCAGAUGAAAAAAUAAUAACAAAACUACAAGAACAACUUCAAAUGUCGCCUCAUGAACUUCUCUUUUCGGAAAUUUUCCGAUGGGUGGAGCCAUCGAUCCAGGCAUCAAGAUCCCUGAGGAGGCAAAGUCUGCGAUUUUUUGCUGUUACAGGAUCGAGGUACGAAAUACAGCAAGCCAUGAAGAAGGAGAUGACAGCCGCGGAAAGAUCAUCAAAAAAAGAAGGUGUGUCACAGUUGAUCGAAAACAGAAGACACGUUGUUCAGAAUUUUCUAGAUCAACCACCUCAUUUGACGAUGGAAGUUCCAGCAAAACUAGUGCGGGAUAACGCCGAUCUUCUGAUUACAUCAUCUCGAAAUAUGAGUAAAAUAAUUAGUGACGAAGCAGUUAGUUUCUGCGUUUGGAACAAGACGAAAUCCGACGUAGCCAUUAUCGCACAACUAAAAGGUAGCGCGGCACAGAAGUGGUGCCUACUAGUGUGGAUAACCAUCGACAUGCCUCACGUUAGAACGUAUAAAAGGCAGGUAUGGUCAGAAGCUACGAUAGCACAAGUCAGACUCCGUGCGGCAGUGUCGUACCUUGGUGAUAAGCUGAGACGUGAAGGAAAUUCAACGAGCAGCAUAGCCGUAUUCGGAUUUGUCGAUACUAUCCCAGAACAAGCCAUGAUGGCGAAGAAAUUCCACGCAUCCGCUGCCAACAGGAGGAUAGUAGUGACAGCUGGACAACCGUUCUACAACAUAAAAAUAGCUAUGAAUUCUCACGAAGGUACUAGUCAAUGUAUCAAGGUUAACGAUGAUCCCUGGCUAUGGGACGAUGAGCCGCGAGCUUUCCUUCGUCCUAGAACGGGUCCAGCUGCCGAAUUUUUGAAGGAGCAGCUAAUGGAAAGAAAACACGUUAAGACGACGAGAGCGACCAUGAGACGCCUAAUCAACGAAGCCAUUGAGAAAGAGAUGGCCGAAAGAAGAGUGGAAGAAUAAGUAAGAAAGUUACAAGACUCAGGAAAAAACUCGAAAGUAAACAAACUGUUCAGGAAAGUAUGAAAAAUUGUGUAAAAGUAAAAGCUGAAGUAAGGACUUGAUGCGUAACGUGAAGUUGAAAAUUCAGGAUGUAAAUAAUAUGAUGAGAUGAAGGAAGGAAGAAAAACCAAGCCCACUCCAACUUAAACUAAGGAUCCCUUAUCUGAAGACCGAGCUUUCCUCUUUGAAUCCUAAACCCCUUGAAACUGGUUAGAGAAAGAAGAAACUUAAAAAGUAACUUAACGAACGGAAACAUGAUAAGAUGAAAGUCAAAAGCCCAUAAAGGAGAUGCGAGCAAGAUGAGAAAAAGUGGAAUGUUAUGGUUUCUCAUAAAAGGUAAUAAUCCAUUUGCCAGGUGGUGGGGAAAGGGGGCAAAUGGAGAUGAAAGCCUGACUCACAGAAGUAAGUAUUUCAAAGUUGCAAGUAAAUCGAUAACGGAACGCGAAAUGGAAAAAUAACAGUGGCAAAACAAGUGAAUAGGAAGGAGAAAGCCUACAUUUGCUAGGGAUGAAGAGGGUUGAUGCAAAUGACAGGAACGAAGGCAAAGAUCAAAACACAAAUACCUCCGUAUCGCCCUUAAAGCAUUCUAGAAAUGCCCAACCAAUACCUCCGGAUCAUCUAGCAAGCUUUUUCUCGAAUGUACUCGGUUUUUAUAGAUCUUGACACGCAGAUGUAAGCUACAAAAAACCCUCUGAGAAAAGGAGACAAAAGCACAAAAAGACAGAAGAAAACGAGUAAUGGACCCCACUUCAAACAGAGGUACGAUGAUGGGUCGACAAUAUGUCGCCUCGUUAGGCUUCUUUGGAGUUACUAGCGAGGUGGCGUCGGUGUCCAGAACUCAGAAACUAAAAAAAAAAGUGCUGUCUCGGUGGCUGCUGUACAUGAUACAGGAGUCCCCCUCAGUGUAGAGCACAAUGAGAAUAAUAUAAGCUGCUAGAAAUAAUAAGGUGAUAGGCAAGUGUGUUUGGUGACGACCUAUGACGAUCAUGUGAAUGUCCGCUGAAGCAUGAUUUUUGUAAGUUAUUACUCGCGCUCGUGACUGCCUUCGGGAAUGAACAAGAAUCAUUCCUGAUUGUGCGCGAAGAGCGGUUCCUCGUCGGCUUGGUCCUGAACUUGCUUAGUAACGCCGCGGCAGCGGGCAUGAUCCGUGGCUGCUCUUUGGUGAUACUUGAUAGUAUAUCGCUCGGUUUGCUUGCUCUUCUUAGAAGGUACAGGCAGACUGAAACAACUUCUCUUUCAAUAAGUUACUUUGAAACACGAGAGGUUCCAUGACAUGACAUGACAUGACAUUACAACAAAAAAAAAGAAAGCGGCGGGUUCGUAGCGAAUAGAGUGAUCGAGGGGCUAACUUGCCGCGCCUGCUGCCGGUUUGCGAACUGGAUAAAGCUCAGGAGGUUCUUCCAAUCUUCCCGGCAUUACAAAAAAAAAUUUUUCUGAAGUCUCCAGAUCCAAAUUUAAGGCAUGUCGAGCGC